AUGCCCCCUCUGGAGCAGUUCAUGGAAGUGUCAUUUGAGGAGCAGAGGAAUCUGUUGUACAGGGACAUGGAGCGAGGGGAUAUUGUGAUAGGCAGAAUCAACUCCAUCAGGGAUUUUGGCUUCUUUGUAACACUGAUCUGCAUGGCAGGUGGACUAGAGAGAGACAUAGAGGAUCUGGAGCUCACGGCCCUGUGUCCCCUUAGAGAUGUACCUUCUAAUGGCAAUCAUGACGAUCCGCUAUCUCGCAGUGUGAGGGUUGCCAUUGACAACACUGAAACCUAUGAGAGGGUUUUAGAGGAUACUAUUGGAUACUCCAACCCAUCUAAUGUGGAGUAUCUCCUGGGGAAGAUUGGGAUCAGUGACACACAGCCUCCCUCACUCAUGAGAGGGCUACAGAGCAAACAUUUCCUUGAGGAGGACUUUGCCACAAUUAUCCGAAAGAAGCAGUCUGCGUCCUGGGCUCUUAAAUGUUAUGCCAACAAAGGGAGUUUGCUAAAGGCAAUAACAGACUUUGAGCUGGCAUUGGAAAGCUGCCCAACCCACAGAAAUGCUAAGAAAUACCUAUGCCAGACCCUGGUGGAGCGAGGUGGCCAACUGGAGAAGGAACAAAAGUUAGUUACAGCUGAGGGCCUCUACAGAAAAGCUCUGGCCUUAAAAGACUCCUUCCCAGAUGCCAAGGAAGCAUUGAGAAAAAUAGAGCUACUUAUCCAGAAAUCCCUCAAACUGAGAGAAGAGGCAGCAGCAAAGGAAGCGGAAAAAGUUAAGAAUGUGGAGAUGAGUGCAGAAAAAUUGCGUAAGAUCUUAAAAGAAGAAAAAAGAAUGAAAAAGAAACGGACAAUAUCUUCAUCAACGUCAUUGUCUUCCACCUCUUCGUCCGACCACUCCUCCUCAUGGUGCAGGAAGUCAAAGACAAAAAAGAGGAAACACAGACGGUCAUCUCAAGGGGAGAAACGCAAGCGGAAGGUUUUAUCCAGGGACGACAGGAGUGUGUCUGAGGAAUGGUACCCUGCCCCACCCAACACCACCACCUCCUUCCUGGAUCAGAAAUGUAGCUUGGUCAGGCUGUUUGAGGGGCCAGAGAGGACUGAAGAGCAUAGUCAGCCCCACAGCAAAGGCAGGCACCGCUCACAUCACUCUUUAUCAUUAGUGUCCACAGAUGCUCCGGACAACAGCAGAGGUAGGUUUGAAGAUGACCCUGUUGACAGCUCUCCUCAGCGAGCUGAGAGCAGCAAGGGGAAAGGUGUCCGUGAUGACAAGACCAGUGAUGAGGAGGUGAAUGAGAGGGAAGCCUCCAGGGGGCAUUGGAAGAGCCAGGGCCAGGCGGAUCAAAGUAUCCCACAAGAAGUUCUCAGCUCAUUGGAGAAAGCCAAACACAGAAGAAUGUCGUCAUCUGCCAGCUCAGAGCAUUCCUGCAAAUCUGACUGGUACGCCAACGACCUCACGUCACAGUCCCACAUAUCGAGUUACAGACGAUCAGAUAGUGGGAGGUAUGGUAGCACAGAACAAGGAGAUGUAAAAAACAAGGCCACCCGAAGGUCUGAUGGCAGGGAUAACAGGUAUUCCACUGAUGCCUCUCUGAAUGGUAAGGGAUCUGCAGGAGGAAAUAAAGAGCUGUCAACUAAUCUCCUAGAUAUCUUCAGCCAAAUAGCUCAGUUUGAGAAGGAGAAAUACUUCCAAGCUGAAAAAGUGAAUUCAGCUUUUUCGAGAUGCUUUAACCAUCUCAUUUCAUAA